GUAGGGGUAGGGAAGGUUCUGGAAGAGCAAGUAGCAAUUGCAUUGCACCGCAUCAGUGGAAAUAGGGGUUUGGUGGGUUGUAGAAGAAGUAGUCGAAAAUGUCGUCGGGAGGAGAAGAGAAGAAGCAACCAGAACAAAAACCUUCCUACACUUAUUGGGUUAGGAAAAUCACGGAAGAUGCCGCACCUUUGCCCGUCCAUAACAAAAUAAUUGAUGCAACUCCUCCUCCCACUUCUCAAUCUCAAUCGCAACUUGGUUCUGCUUGGAAUCGAGCAGGCACAUGGGAAGAGAAGAGUCUUAACUAUUGGGCCAUUCCAAGAAUUAAGGAGUUGCUCCUUUCAGUGGGCUCCAUACCAUUCUCCUCCGGCAGUGCACAAGUUGAAGAUGUAACUAAAUGUGUUGGAGAUGCACUUGUGGUGGUUGUUCGGAACAAGAAACGUGUCAGUUUCACAUAUGAGUUGUCCUUAAAAGUGAAAGGGGAAUGGAUUAUACAAGGAAAUAACAAGUUGCUUGCGGGGCAUAUAGAUGUUCCUGAGAUCUCAUUUGGUGAACUCGAUGACUUGCAGGUGGAAGUGAGACUUAAUGAAGCACCAGAUAUCUCACCUCAAGAUAAAAUUGAAAUACACAACAACUUGAAGUUAUUUUUACAGCCUAUUCGGGAAAAGUUGCUUCAAUUUGAACAGGAACUCAAAGAUAGAUAAUGGCUUCUAGAUGUUGUCAAUUUGAUUUCAUUGGGUACUUCUAUUUAUGGUACAACCUCUUCAGAAAUAAUUUUUUCCGUUACUUCCGCAUUGAAAGCAUGGAAAUCCUCUUAUGUAGACUUAACUUUAUCGUACAAUUGUUUACUACAUGCAUAUGUUGUGGUUUCGCUUAUGAAUGAAUCAGCAUGGAAAUCCUCUUAUGUAGAGCUAACAUUAUCAGACAUUUGUUUACUCUACAUAGAUAUGGUGUGGUUUUGCUUAUGAAUGAAUCUCAUUUCAAUAA